CUUGUGGACAAUUUUGAUAUUUGACGUUUACCAAAUUAGGUUAGAAUACGUGUUUUGAAACAUUAUUUGUAAAUAUCGAAUAUCAAAUUGAUAUGGAUGUUAGUAAAAAACUAACAUCACUACAAGAAAUAUCUAAAGCUCAAUUAUCGAAAAUAUUAAGUGCAAACCCCAACACAAAAUAUCUAAUUUUAGAACCGGAAAUAAUUCGUCCCUUGGAAAAAGUUUGUGGUGUAAAGUGGCUAAAAGGAAAUGGGGUCGAAAAAAUUUUCAAACUGGACUCCACAGCUCCUACUUUUUCUGCAACAGCUGUAUACUACAUGAUUUAUGCAAAUACUAAAGUUUUUACUAAAGUUGUGGACCAAAUUAGGUCACAAGUAGAUAUAGAAAAUCCUGUAAGAAAUAAAUUUCACAUUAUUGUUGUACCUCAAAUUUUACAUUACUUCGAGCAACUUUUGGAAGAAUUAGGACUUUUACAUUCUGCAAUAACUUUGCAUAGGUUCCAAUGGAUGCCCUUACAUUUAGAUACAAAUGUAUUAACACUGGAAAUCCCAAAUUUAUUUAACAAUUUGUUUGUAUGUCAGAAUUUAACUUACUUACCAGUAUUAUCUAGGAUAUUAUGGCAAAUAGGUUUUGUGGUGGGUAAACCUACAUUUAUUUUAACUCUUGGCAAUUAUUCUAAUUCUCUUUUAAAACAAUAUGACAUGAUGUGUGAGGAUAAUGGAGAGACUGAUAAAUUUGACUCAGAUUUUGGGGGACUAGUAAUAAUUGAUAGAACUAUGGACUAUGCAAGUUCUCUAUUAACUCCUGGAACAUACUCAGCUCUUUUAAAUGAAGUUUACAAUGUUAACGUUGGUGUUUGUGAGAAUACAGAAGAAAGUGACCAACAAUAUGACUCCAAAUGUAAUCCGGUUACAAAAAAGAAAAUAAUUAAUUUCCCCUUAGAUAGUGUGCAAGAUAGUGUAUAUGCCGACAUCAAAAAUAGAUAUUUCACUGAAGUUACUACUGUACUAAGUAAUCUCACCAAACAAUUAAAAUCUGAGAAGUUGAGUUCUGAAGAUAUGGCUUUGGAUGAAAUUAAAAGGUAUGUUCAAACUCAAUUACAAGUGACCAAAACUCGUAAGAAAAAUAUAACAAAUCACUUGAAUGCUGCUGAGAGCAUUAUACAAAAGUUGGGGCAUAGAUAUGAAAAUCAAAGGGAAGUGGAAGGUAAUAUUAUAAAAAAUAGCAACAAAAGCAGGAAUUUUAGUUAUUUAGAAGAAAUAUUAGUUACAGAAAACGAUCCUUAUACCUCUUUAAGACUUCUUUGCCUCAUAUCAAUCACACAAACUCUAUCAGACAGUGAAAUACAGUCAUUUCGAAGAAAAUAUCUACAACAGUUUGGCUACAAAAACGGGUACACUUUCCACAAUUUAGUAACCUGUGGUUUUAUUUCAGAACCCGCACAAUCAACAUCAAAGUUACCAACAAAAAUCUUAAAAUUCCCUAAAUUCAACUCAAAGAAUUUCUAUACAAACGCAAAAAAUAUCAAACAAAUAAUAAAUGAGCCAGAGAAAGUCAACCUAAAAUACCCCACAUGUGCUAGCUAUGUUUUUGGAGGGCUCUACAUACCUUUAAUAGUGCAAAUAGCAGGUAUGAUAUUAAGCGCCACACCUUUGGAUGAUAUUAAGCUAAAAUUGGAACCUUUGGGACCACUUACUCUAAGAAAUGAUAGGGGGUUUCCCCUACAAUCAAGAUCUUUGUUAAUUUAUGUUAUUGGAGGUGUUACUUAUGCUGAAAUUGCAGCUUGUAACCUAUUGGAAACUAUCACAGGUGCUAAAAUAUGUAUUUUAAGUGAUAAAAUUAUUUCUGGGAAUGAUCUAAUGAGAAGUGUUUUAAAAUUUCCUAGUUAGGUAAUUUUAGUUUUAACAGACUAUUGUUGAUGUACUAUACAAUGUAUGCUAUUUGGCUGUGUAUUCAGAAACUCAU